CCUUUUGUGGGCAAGAAAAUGAACGGUGAUGGAUGGAUGUAAUUUUGCUCGAGAUGUCGGCCCGGCGGCGACCAAUUUGAUGAGGGAUGUGUUAUAUGUGAGCGAUCAAAGGGCUCUCCGGUGUGUUUUCUUGUGCGAUGGAGAGGUCCAGCGAUGCCUGGGAGGGAGAAGUGGAGGAGCCGAUCGAGCAGCGAUCUCCGAGGGGACGUGUUAAGGAAGAUUUCGCGGACUUCACCAAAGCCAUAAGUAGUAAGUUAUGGGGUGUGGCUUCCUUUCUCGCUCCUUCCCCUUCUUCACAAACGCCCACCUCCUCUCCCAGAAUCUACUAUUCCGCCGAGACUUCGCCGUCGUUACACAGCCAGCAGCAAGAAUCGACAAUUCCCGGUGAUUCAGAGCUAGCGGACUCUUUUGAAUCGUCGAGGACUGCGGGAAUCCGCAGCGAUUUCGCAGAAAUUGGAGGUACCCUUAAGACCGGGAUCACUAGACUCUCCAAUAACGUCGCUAUUAACGGCAUCUCGAAGAUCGCCUCUACCUUUCUGUCGUUUCGGGAGGAGGAGGAGGAGGAGGAGGAGGAGGAGGAGGAGGAGGAGCUGGAGCAAGUUGAGGAGGAAGAGGUGGAAGAAGAGUACGAGGAUUUCAGUGAUGUCAUUGGUGUUACUGAUGAGGUUUUGGCGUUUGCAAGAAACAUCGCCUGCCAUCCAGAGACUUGGCUGGAUUUUCCCCUCUUGUCUGACAAUGAUGAAGAUUUUGAUGAUUUUGACAUGUCAGAAUCGCAACGGGAUCAUGCUUUGGUUAUUGAAAGCCUAUCACCAAGAUUAGCAGCUCUUAGAAUAGAGCUUUGCCCAACUCAUAUGAGCAUAGGAUGUUUCUGGAAGAUCUAUUUUGCACUUUUACAUCCUAGAUUGAGUAAGCAUGAUGCUGAUCUUUUGUCAACACCGCAGAUUGUGGAAGCGAGAGCAAUGCUACAACAUGGCUUACAGAGCCAAGCAAAACAAGUAUCAGAAGACAUUUGGCGACAUUCAUCAGAUAAUUUUGAUAUGGAGAAGCUUUCUAUCCAAACUACUUUGGAGGCCGACUUUGUUGAUAAAUUUGUAGUAAACGAAGAACCAUAUUUGCCAAAGAAGGUUAAGGAAAUGGCAAUAGCAAACUUUGAUGAUGACGAUGAUGAUGAUGAUGAGUGGCCCGAAGAUGAUACCCUGGAUGAAAACAAUGCAUCUGGGAUAGCUGCAGUUCUUGCUUGCAAUGAAGAAGAAGUCUCUUUCAGCGAUCUGGAGGAGGACGACGACUGCCUUACAAAGCAAGCUUUCAGCAGAAGUGGCUCCAAAUCAGAAGGUACAUUAAACAAGUGAUUUGCUUGAGUGAAUGCACGCUGAUUUUAUUCCCCAUAAAAUAUGAUAUCCAAAGAGUGCUAGCUACGGUUAUUGUUGCACUGUGGAUUCAGGUUUUCUCAAAUUGCUAUGUAUUGUAAUCACCCAUCUUACUUAAUUCAUUCAAUU